AGCUUAUUAUCUUAAAAGGUUGGUGACAUUACGGUACUCCGUUAGCGCAGCUGACUGAACGUCAUGGAAAAUUCGUGUUUAACCUAACCAGGGAAUGACAGGGGCUUGCCUAGCUUUGCCUUUUCAGAUGAAACCAUUAUCUUCGGCUAAUUUAAUUAGAAACUGCGCUCUUUAGCAUAACUGGUAUUACCUGGGGCAAGUUAGUUCAGUGGACAUUCUUCCGCGCCGUACCUCCACAACGACACAAUUAUGGAAAAAUUUGCUCUAUUCGACGCCCCCUACCGUGCUCUGAACUUAUCAUCAGGUUUUUUUGUUCAGCCUGUGUAGUAAGGAUCCUUUGUAGUUUCGUUCAGUCAGAUUACAUGGUCCACUACAUUAGCAGCAUAUAGCUGUAAACCAAUCGACUGUGUUUCCUGAGGAAGAAAAAGAUAGUUAAUUGCUACUAAAAGAACGUACCAGCUAAAUAAGCAUCAAGUUUUAUAGGAAACUAGAACGGCCUUCCCUCCUAAGUCGUGGAUUACUAAACCGUUGUAAAAUUUACGACUGCAUUUAGUGCCAACUGCCGGUUCCCCGCGCUCUGGUAUUUUCAGUAUAGAGAGUAAAACAGGGCAUUUUGUACUUAUUCUGUAUGUGACGAACCACUGGAGACUUUAUAACAGCAAUUAAUUCAAUAUAUAAACUGUAAAUCACGAUUUCCUUUCAAUAAAGUAUGGAGUAGUAAAAUUUACGAUGGCUUAGUAAGAGUGGAACAUUUUCUCCCCUUCGCUGUUCUAGGGUUAAAGAUUAUUAUUGGAUUAUGAAUCGAUUCAAUUUUUGUCACGACAUAUUCCAGAAAUAUACUUAGUUAAAAUUUACCAAAAAUACGGGCUUUUGAGAACCCUGAUGUACAUAGUUACAUAUUUAAUUAAAGUACGUCAGUUUUAUAGUAAUAUUACUCGUUGUAAAUAACCCACUCGAGUCAAACGCUAAAUGGCAAUCCGAGAUGUAUUUACAGAAUAUUUAUUUGUUGAUACUCAGAGGACAGAAGAGGUGGCGAUAGUGUUGCUUUUAGCAUCUAUUUUGAAUUACUGUUUGUCUGUUUACAAAAAGAGCUAAAACUGCGAAAGUUUAAGCGGUCGCACAAUACCAUAAACCCAACUUCUCUCAGAUUGAAAAAGUGCCCAUCAACAUUACUCCUAAUGCCAACUAUAGCGAUAUCUUCGUCAUUCGCGCCCAACAGACUCACCAGAACUGUCGCUGACCGUCUACCGUUUAUCACUCCAGUUCGUCCAUUUCUUAUGGGACAAUGUGAUCGUGAGUGAAGCAACUUCGAAAACCGACUUUCAGCAGUUUCUACAAUCUAUAACGCCGAGAUUGGUUAAAAGUGGUGUUAAAGCACCUUGUCGCGUUGGCUAAUGCGCACAUCAUCGAAAGGAAGAUGAAAUAUUAUGGGCAGCCCAUAGACAGCUAGAGAAGAUGAGGGUCUUCAUUUACCGCGUCUUUGCAGUCAUCUCACUCUUCGUCUUGGCGCCUUACCUGCUGGCCGCCUAUGUCGCGACGGUGGCGUGGAGGCACGUGUACCUGCGCGUGGCCCGCUGGCGCUGGCCGGACCUGGAGGUGGUGUCUCCGGUGAGGGUGCGCGCGCUCAUGGACACUCGCCGCAACCAGGCGCUGCUCACCGCCGUCGUCGGGCUGCGCACCGCCGUCGACCUGGCCGCGCUGCAGGCGCGCCUCAGCGAGCGGCUGGUGGAGCUGUGCGAGCCGGGCGGCGGGCUGCGCUACCCGCGGCUGCGCUACGCGCUGACCACGGCGUGGGGGCGGUACGCGUGGCGCGAGGAGGACGCCUUCCAGCUGGAGGCGCACGUGGUGGCGGCCCCGUCGCUGCCCGCGCCCGCCGUCGACCACCCGUGGGCGCAGCAGGCGGCCAGCGACGUGGCCGCCAGGUUCCUGCCGCACCACCUCUCGCCCUGGCAGGUCGCCCUGCUGCCCGGCGGCCGCGUCGUCGUCAUCCGCCUGCACCACCUGCUGCAGGCAGAGGGCCCGCGGCUGCUGGACAUGGUGUCGGCCGUGUGCGCGGCGGCGCUGCUGCAGGAGGACGACGAGAUACCACCGCCGAUGCCCGCCCCCUCGCCACCCCCCGCGCAGCCUACGCCGGUGCUGCGCGCACUGCCCGCGCUGUGGGCGGCGCUGCAGGAAAUGAGUAAGGACGCUCUGCGGGCAGCGGUGGCCCGCUGGGAGCCAAAGGGCGGCGCCGCCCCCAGGGACCUGCCGGCGUUGCUGGCCGUAGUGGCGGGCGCGUGGGCGGCAGCCGGCUGCGAGGAGCUGGCCACCAAGACGCGCCGCCCCCACAUCACCACGGCGGACGCCCUGCGCGCCAUCUCGCCGCCCGCCGUCUUCUGGGCGUCUCUCAGGGUGUGGUGGUGGGUGGCGGUGGUGGCGACGGUGCGGCUGCCGCUGUGGUGGGCGAUGCAGGUGGCGCAGCUGGUGGCGCGGGGGCGGCGGUCGGCGCUGGCGGCGCAGUGGCGGCUGGCGGCGGCCGCGGGGGCGGAGCUGCGCUGGCUGUGCCUGCAGCUGCUGGACGGCCCGCUGGCGAUGCUGCAGCAGGCGCUGCACCCGGGGAACGCCAGCGCCCGGUCCAUGCGCGCCGGCUCCUUCACCGGCCGCAAGGUGGUAGCGUGGUCGCGGCGCGUGCAGCUGCCAGAGGGCGCGGACGCGACGUCGCUGCUGGCGGCCGCCACGCUGUCGCUGCGCGGCUACUUCCAGUCUCUGCACGCGGCCAGCUGCGAGGACGCCGUCUGCUCUUGCCCUUGCCCUCUGCCGGCACGCGUGCUCUGCCUGGCCGGCGUCGCGCAGCGGCCCGGCCUACUCGCGCUGCCGCUGCCCACCAACCCGGCCUGCGACUUCGCCGCGCCGGGACACCCGCAGGUUGCGGAGACGCUGUGGCUGGUGCGGCACGAGCUUCGGCUUGCCCGCCGCCAGCAGGCGCUGCUGCAACGCUUCCUGAGCGACGACAGCGCCUUGCCGCGGCUGCUGCCCUCGACGCUGGUGCGGGUUCUGCUCAACGCCGCGUCGCGCUGCUACCCCGUGCGCGUCUCCAUCAUUCCCGCCGUCGACGAGCUGGUGCCCGCCUCCGAGAGCCUCGUCCUCUGGCAGCCGCCCCAAGGAAACGUCUGCCUGUCGCUAUCACUGCUGCUGGAGAAAAACGGGACGAGCUGCCGGCUGGCCGUCAUGGCAGACGCUUUCGUGACGCCGCACCACGCCGCCAUCGCAGAGGCCUUCCCCGACGCAGUGAACACCAUAGCCCAGGUCAUGCAGGAGCAGCGACAACGGCCUGCCCAAAGAUCGAGGUCUCAAUCGCCGGACCCGUCUCACAAGUCAUCCCCUGCGUCACGGCCAGAGACGCCGUUGCCGUCGCCCGGCAAGACGCCACCGCCUACACCGACACCUGACAAGACGCCGCCCCCGACGCCACAUCCGUCAAGCCCUUGUUCGUCGUCCUCGCCGCCAGCGCCAUCUCCGCCGCCAACGCCAUCUCCGCCACUUGUACAGGAGCUGUCGCCGCCAGACUCACAACACGCCUCACCACCCACGCCAGCAAGAUCACCGCACUAGACUUGUGAGGACGCGAUCGUCAAGAUAAUCGCACUGAAGUGAAAGCACUGUCACUGUACUUGCCUUUCUCUUCCGAUAUUGUGCUGAAGCGCCCUCCAGUGCACACCACCUAAUGACAGCUUCCAUUCAAGCACCUGCAACGUAGGUUGACCCGUAUUAAAAUACGCAAAAUAAUAUCACAGAUGAGCAACACUUUUGGUAUCUUCGCAUGUUUAUAAAUAUACACCAUAUUAUAGCGUGUGGUAUGAAGUUACUGAUUUCUAUUUAACUAGACCAUAUAUUUCUACAGAACGCUUGAAGAAACCAAAUUCUGAAAUAGUCAGUUUAGUUAAUUUAUGCAUAUGAUUCUGAAGCAUCAACGAUUGUCAAUUAUUAUAAAACAAUUUUGAGUUCCAGUUGCCAAUUUUUACACGUAUGGCCAAUCUUGGCAGUUAAGUCCUCAUCAUCUAUUUGAUGAUGUCAAAGGUCGAAAUGAGUCAUAGCUGCGAAAAAUUUGCGACUGGGAACUUUUUUAAGAUAAUUAUAAAAAUAAAAAUAUUUUAUCUGGGCAAUUUUAUGUUGCCACUUUUAAUGGAAUGUAUUUUUAAUUAUUCAUUCAGUGAAGUUUCAUUCACGUUUCAAAAUAAAAAUUUCCUCUUACAACCAAUACAAGUACAUAAUGAAACCACAUAAUUUUCAUUAUGUCUCGCUAUAGGAUGACGAAAUCAGUAACAGAUGUAAAACGUUUGCGACUGGGACUGAACUGACUUAAAGGAAUUAAGAAACUAAAAAUAUUUUAUUUUGCUACUUUUAUGUUGCCGCUUUUAAUGGCAUGCAUUUGCACUCACUGAUGUUUCAAGAUAAUCACUUUGCCACAGCUGUUACAACAUCAUAUUUUAGUUACAUGUGGCAAUAGAAUCCUCCGAUUUCUCUGUGCUGUUCUUAUUGCUGGUAAUUCACAUCCCUCAUUACUUUAUCAGGGACACAACAUUAUUUACAGAAAUCUAAAUUUAUCAACAACUGUAAUCUGCCAAAUGCAGUAAAUAGUGGCCUAAACAAAAUUAUGAAAAAUAAUUAGAAAGAGGUUUCAAAAUCUGUAAACUUUGAUGAGAAUUGUCAGAUUACAAGAGUUUCUGAUUCUCAGUUUCUGUUACAUGUUUGAUAAAAGCAAGAGCAUAAAGAGCACAGAAAAGAAUAAAUAGUGAGAAUGUAUAUUAACUGCAUGAAGGAAAAGUGCUCAGCAAUUUACAAUAUAUGCAACUGAAUCAUGUAACAAUAGUAUUAUUUGAUUAAAAACAACUUUGUGUAGUAGACAGUUUUUUCUUCAGCUUGAAAAGCAUGAAAAAAUUUCCAUACAUGUGUAAAUGACGCUGAGCCUCUUACCUGUGGCUUCUAUCACUAUAAUGGUAAAAAGACUGAGACUAACUGAUGGAAAAUUAUGUUUUCACACUCAUUUAAUCAAAUGACUAUGGUGAAAGACAGAAAAAGAAAAAAAUAGUUAUACUUUUAUUGUUAUGUACUUUUAACAUUAAAUUAUGUACAUUACUUUAGCUGUAUUCCAUUGAUAACACAGAGAGCGAUCUAUGGCACAUGGAAAUAAAUCAAAAAUGUACAAUUUCAUGAACAAUACAAUAAAAUAAUUUAACAAUUAUGUUUUUGGUUUCUGAAAAUAUCAUCGUUAUAAAUUGAUUUUCUACGUAAUUGAUUAUUAGCAUAUUACUGAUGGGAAACAUGCAGAAUAUUGGUUUCUUUAUUUAUGUUAUUGUGGGAAUGCUGCAAACUAAGGUACUACAGUAUUUCUUCUCAUUGGAUUUCCAGUUAAGACUCUGAUCAACCUCUAGUCCUAAAAACUUAACACUUUAUACUUCUUCCAUUUCAUUCUUUGAAGGAACUAUUUUUAUAGUUAUGGAAUUAUAUGAGAAGGACUGAGUUGUAUGUACUGAAUCUUACCAGUGUUUAAUGAUAAUCCUUGUACUCUUAUGUGAUUGAUAUAGAACUGAUGCAUUAUGAUUUCUGUCAUUCAUUUCAGGUGAAAAGUAUGAAUAUGCUGUGUCAUCUACUCUAUUUUAACUUUUACCUGAGAAUAUCAUACACCAGGAAUUAAAAUCCAUAGCCAAGCUAUAAAAUAUUUCGAUUCUGUAAUUUCUGAUUUAUUUAUUCUUAUGUCAUCUGUCAAUAUUUUUCUGAUCUAAGUGCUCAUAAAUUCUAUCCUUGAUCGAUUUUUUUAAUUCUUGCUGCAAUGAGAAGUAUUUGUGGUACUACACUAAUGUAUAGUCUCCAUUUUUUGAAGUGCCUUGACUGUAGCAUGUUUAUAUCUGUCUGAGUAAGAAGUAAUGUGAAAUGAUCGAUUACGUAAGUAACUCAAUAUAUUUGAAAAUCUAGCUGAACAACAAUAAUUUAUUCUAUGGUUGAUUUCAUCAUAACUUAUCAACGUUUGUUUACAAGAGAAUUGAUAUUAAAUAUUAUUUUGCAGCUGUAAUGUAACUGAAUUUAACAAAUUUAUUUGGAAUGAUUCUCAUAAAUUGUAGACUGCCUACUAAAGACAUGUUCAAACCUUAUCUGCUACUAAAAAAAAGUUAUUUAAAGUGUCUCAAUCUUGGAACUAUUUUGACUCAGUUCAUUAACUGUUUUUGAAAAAAAUUCUUCAUUGUUUUGAUUAAUCUUUGUUAUUUCACUUCUCACUGUGUUCCAACUAGUUCGUUAUUGGAGUUGGAGGCUGUACGUCUUGAUUUUGAGGAUGUUAUUCAUCAAAUUUGUUGGUUGACUAUACAAAUAUUUCAGAAAGGUAAAACUCCAAGGUCCCACAACAACUCAUCCUAAAUUUCAUGAACAAUAGUGAUCUCAAGCAACUAGAAAGUUUACAGUUGAGGGAGAACAACUCCCAUGCAGGUAGAUUUAAAUACCCGCAUUUUUUCAGUUGUAAUUUAGACGGGCAAUAGAGUGUUCAUAGUUUGUAUUCAAUAACUUUGAUGAACAAUUUUAAUGUCAGACAAGCAUUUUAAUUUUAAUAGCUUCAGGCGACACCCACAUUCAUAAUUACUUUUGCAAUACGAUUUUUGCUCUGGUUAUUACCAUUCUGAAAACUUCUCCAUGCAUAAUCAAAGUUUAAAUGAAACAUCGUAUGGGGCAAUUACUGAUGUCUAUCGUCCACAUGCAAUUGUAACUUUACCUCACGAACUGCUUAAAACUCGAACACUAUUUUUUUAAUAUCAUUACCAGCUGUUCCUCAGUAUUAUUAAGUAAUAUUCUUCUUCUUACCAGAUUUUCACAGCUUAUCUAUCGUCUAACUUAAUUUUACAUAUUCAUUAUAUGGUAUAAGUCCUAUUGAAGUCUGACAAUUGUAAAUAGUCUUAAACAGGUUGUGAGUCAUGGAUCCUUUAUGAUCCAUCCACAUGCCAAUAGUUAAGGUUCUGGUCAAGAGGUUUCACUAUUCUACAGACAAAAUAACUUUCAGCUGUCAAAACAUGUAUUUUUCGUAAACAGUUUUUAUUUUCUGCUGAUAUGUUUUCUGUUAACUAAUGCCAAUCAAAUACAUUUGAUUAUUAGCGUGAAUGAAGGGACAAAUGUGAGGUAAUGUGAAAUGUGAAUCUUUGCAUUAUAUUAACUGAGUAUAUGGUAGUGUGGGCAUUUGUAUCUAGAGUGUGAGUGAGUCAUAUACUCUGGGGAAAUUUGUAACAUGUAAUUCACCAUUUUAUGGUACUGGAGAAACGUGAAACAUACACCAAUAAUUCAGUUAUGUUAACAGGUUUUUUUAUGUUUGUGGAUUUUCUAAUUUUUUCUAAAAUUAUGCAUUUAAUAAAUUGCUUUGAAUGGUA